UUUUCGUGUGACUAUAAAUCAUCUGUCCAGCCCUUUUGGCUAACUGGCGCAUUAACAGCAAUGUUCAUUUAACGUUUGUGUGCACUGCCACUGUUAAAUAAACCAUAUAUAACUUAGUAGUAUAGUAACUAACUAGCUAGGCCAGUUUCUUCUAAUGAUUGAAAUCAUUAAAUCUUACAUGUUGCUGCGGAGGACCCUCUUUAAGCCAAUUUAGCCUUUAUAUCGGCAUGACUUGAUUUUUUUUCUCAUUUGAGCUAAACUAUCAUGUAGCUAACGUUAGCAAUUGUCCUGGAGAAAUCAUCAUUGCGCGCGCUGUUUGCCCGUGUCUCGUGAUAAGCUCCAGACUCGGUUACAUCGGUCAGCAUCGAACCCACUCCUCGAUUCAGCAAACAUGAACUGUAUUUUGGAAGGAAGUGGUGUAAAAGCAUUUGGAAAGGCUAUUCAUGCCCUGUCGCGGAUUGGAGAUGAACUGUGGUUGGAUCCCAUGGUUAAAGCGCUGGCACUGAGAUCAGUGAAUUCUGCUCAUUCUGCAUAUGCCUGCUUCCUCUUCUCGCCGCUGUUCUUCCUGCACUACAGCCUGGGAUCAGCAUCAGAGCAGAGCAGUGAAACAAUCAAAUGCAAACUGGCCAUGAAGUCUAUUCUACCUCUUUUCCGCUGUUUGACUUCGAUUGAGCGUAAUGUGGAACGAUGUCAAAUAUCAAUCGGCACUCCCGAUGACCGAGUGAUGAUCCAGUUUUUCUGCAGGCAUGGCAUCACUAAGACCCACAACCUACGUUUUCAGGAAAGUGAGGCUCUGCAGGCAGUGUUUGCCCCACACCUCUGUCCCAAUGUGCUGAAAGCUCCUGCCAGGCUUCUAGGUGAUAUGGUGAUGCAUUUCCCAGUGUCCCAGGAGGAAAUCACUCUCUCCAUGACUUCUCAGAGAGUCAGUCUGAAAAAUUACUAUGAGGGGGGCAAUGAUCACAUGAAGACUAUGUGCACUGAGAUGUCCUUACACCCAGACGAGUUUGACUACUUUCAAAUCGGAGUAGAGUCGGACAUAACUUUCUGUCUGAAGGAGUUGAGGGGUUUACUGUCCUUUGCAGAGUCACAUUGCCUUCCUGUGUCUGUCCACUUCGGUGCUGCAGGAAAGCCUGUAUGCUUCUCUGUGGACGACAUAGUCCUGGAGGCUACUGUGGUGCUGGCUACUCUGAGCGACUCUGAAAGCAGGGGCUCCUCUCAGCCUACAGAGACGCUGGCCCCUUCUACCCCCAAGUGUGCAGAUGCUGCUGUUCUACCUGUGGGUUGGUGUGACGGCAGUAAGGCUCAGGAUAGUCCUGCUGUGAUGGAGAUGAUACCAUCCAGCCAGGGCAGCCCUAUAACCAACCUACCUGCUCUUAUGCUGCUGCGGCCUGAGACUGAUGACCCUAACGGGCGCGGUGUCGCUGAUGAGGCCUUUGCCAGCGCCACCUUGUCUCCUGCUUCCUCCAUGAUCUGCUCCCUCCUGUUCAGGGCCUCACAGCAGGACGAUGAUGGCCGUGCUGCCAGACUGCCUGUUCUGGCAUGCUACAGUGACGAAGAGGAGAAUUUGGAGGUAGAUAACACAAGAAGCCCUUCCCUCUGAGAACAGGGCUGAGCUUGUGACUUGUGGUUUGUUAAAAGUAGGCCACAACAUUCAAGUGUAGUCCGAAUGAUAGGAUCUUGAUUCAUUUGUAUUUGAUGUACUUUUAAAAAGUUUUAUAAGCAGCAUGUCGUUUGUAGCUCAACGCUAUAGCUUUGCUUGUUUAAAUUAUUUUCAAAGUGUAAACUUUCCCCACGAUGUUCAGUUGGAAAUUCAAGAGAAUGUAUUUAUGAUUAUUUAUCAAAUAAUACAUCAGUUAAUUUAUUUAGGUAACUAUAUUGUGUGAAAUACAUUUGUCAUAGCAUGUAAACCUGAAGAUACCACACCUGUCUGUUGAUGGUAACUGGUAGUAUGCCUGACGUCUGAGGAAUGUGGGAGUACACAUACAAAUCGUACAAGGCGUUCUUAAGCAUUAUCUUUUUCUAGAGCGGAGCCUGAGUUCAGCGAGGUAUACACACACUGGAUGCAGAGCUGUGUGAUAAUUUGUUGAUGUGAAAAUACAGCCCUAGAGGCAUCCGGCAUAGAAGUAAACGCCUCUGCAAUGUAUUGUUCACUACUCAAGCAUGCCAAAUAGUGUUCUGAUCUAACACCAACUGCUGGUUUGUGCUCAUAUCACAGCCAUCUAAUACACAAGAAUAAUAAAUACUAUACUCUUUAUUUAAAUAUUGUACAGAUUUGAAAACUUUUUUUUUUUUUUUUUUUUUAAACAGAGCUUAGAUCUUCAUUGAACUGUACACCCAAAAUAUAUACAGACACAUGCUCUGGUUGUAACAAAGGGUUUGGAAGAGGAAUAGGAGAGGUGACAGGGCAGGUAUGAGUCAGGAAGCAGGAACCACAAAGCUAACAGUGGCAGUUCCAUCUGCCCGGGAGAAUUGCUUUGUAAUAUUGUUAAGGCUGCUUAGAUUGUCUUCAGUGCUAGAACACUUAAAACUCCUAUUUUGACCAUUCACUGCUCUUCCGUGCCCAUU